AAUUGGUCAGAUGACUAAGUGGCAUAUGCCUUUGGAAACAAGUAACUGAAGCCAAACAUUCAAUAUGCAUUUACAGGAGACACACAAUAGAAACGACGAAAAUGUCGCUCAGUCACACAAGAACGCCAGAGGCCACGUCAAAGACAAUCUGCAUGAUCAGCGCCAACAACAACACCACAACGAAAACCAACAGCAACAAUACCAAGACCAAAUCCAAUCGAAUCAACCCAAGUUGUACAUAAGCGAUAGUUCCAAAUACACUGAGCACAAGAAUAUAUUGCGAUUGCAGCCACCGCCUCCGUCAAAGCCGCCGCCAUCAAUUGCACCUGCCACGCUCCACGCACUAUUCCUGCAGAACAUUCGCACUGGUAAUAGCGUCACUAGGAGGGGCGGAGGAGUUCAGGCUGAGGCUAAAGCUGAAGCCGAUACUUCGGAGGAGGAGCAGAGAUAUAAAAAUUAUCCAAAUGCACUGCAGCGAUCGGCGACAUUGCCUGCCAAGCAUAAUCGUUUAGGUGUCCGCAGUCGGGUAACCUUCAAGGUUCCAUCACAGAACACACAAUCUCCAGCUGCUGCCAUAUUGGAGAAGAGCAGUAACGCCGCCAGUGGACAGCAAGCAGCCCCGAAAGAGACGAGCAAAAUGACGUCAGAGGACCUUUUGCAGCCAGGACAUGUGGUCAAGGAGCGCUGGAAGGUGGUGCGAAAGAUUGGCGGUGGUGGUUUCGGUGAAAUUUACGAGGGCCAAGACUUAAUCACUCGAGAGCAGGUGGCACUCAAAGUGGAGUCCGCCCGCCAGCCGAAGCAAGUCCUCAAAAUGGAGGUUGCCGUGCUGAAGAAGCUUCAGGGAAAGGAGCACGUUUGCCGCUUCAUUGGAUGCGGCAGAAACGAUCGCUUCAAUUACGUUGUAAUGCAAUUGCAGGGCAAAAACCUAGCCGAGCUGAGACGAGCUCAGCCACGUGGCGCAUUUUCGCUCAGCACAACACUCAGGCUGGGAUUGCAGAUUCUAAAAGCCAUCGAAUCAAUACAUUCCGUUGGCUUUCUUCACCGCGACAUAAAACCGAGCAAUUUCUCUGUGGGACGCUUGCCAUAUAACUAUCGACGUGUGUACAUGUUGGACUUCGGGUUGGCUCGGCAAUACACGACGGGGACUGGAGAGGUGCGGUGUCCCAGGGCGGCGGCUGGAUUCCGUGGCACUGUGCGAUACGCCUCGAUAAAUGCACAUCGGAACCGGGAGAUGGGGCGGCAUGAUGACUUGUGGUCUCUAUUCUAUAUGCUGGUUGAGUUUGUGAAUGGUCAGUUGCCGUGGCGAAAGAUAAAAGACAAGGAACAGGUUGGAUUGACCAAAGAGAAAUAUGAUCAUAGAAUAUUAUUAAAACACCUACCGUCGGACCUAAAACAGUUCUUGGAACACAUACAAUCACUCACAUACGCAGAUCGGCCGGACUAUGCGAUGUUAAUCGGUCUAUUUGAGCGCUGUAUGAAACGCCGUGGCGUUAAGGAGGCAGAUCCGUACGAUUGGGAGAAAGUUGAUACUGCCACCGCUGGUAACAUUAAUGCAUCGACAAAUGCAACUGCAACGCCUGCUAAAAAUGAUUAUCUGCAUGGCAAUGUCACCCAAAUGACUGUGGCAGCUUCCAAUGCCAGCGGUACUGAAUACGUACGAAAGAGAAAUGAUAUUGAUACUGCUCAGAUGGCCUCAACGGAACCGCUUCAUAUAAAGGAAAAGGUUGAUAAGAAUUGCAAUGCAACAAUGACACCCCAAGCAACAGCCGAAUCCGCCUUGCAGAAUUCAGGGACUUUAAAUGCAUUACCAAAGCAGCAACAGCAACAGUUGCAACAACAACAGCAGCAGCAGCUGGUGCUGGUGUCAAAUACGGCGAUAGCUGUUGCGAAUCUUCCUAGUGCAUUGAUCAAGCCGUCGACGGUGACAGGAAUUGCUAACCACGAAGUUAGCACCACCAAUUCCAAUGCCCCGUUAAGAUCUACGCACGGCGUCAUCCAUGGGAAACGGUGUCCGGCCCAGACCGUAUCUGGUUCAUACACCACAACGAAUCAGAACAAUUCGGCACCAGUCUAUCAGUAUCCGGAGAGUAAAAUUAUUGCAGCUCAUGCGCAGCCAGUGGUGACCAAAAUUCAGAUGGGGACGGGCGACAAGGAGCACAUGGAUAUGGUGGUGGUUACAACCAAUGCCAGCAACAAUGACCCGGACCAGAAGAGCAAUGGUCAUGUCAAUGUUGAGGGUGCAGCAAGUCGAUCCCUGUGCGGCGAGCCCAAAAUGGAAAUCGUCGAAGGUGCUGUUAAACUCCAUCACAAUCAUCAGGUUGCUGCCGCUUUCGAGAAGGGCGGCGAUAACAAGAGAUCAGUGAGCAGCAUUAAUCUGGGCUCUGAUCAGAAAUCAACCUAUGGUCGGCUGCGUGUGCUGGCCGCACCCCAGAUCACCAGCGCAGAGCUCUCCUCAUCACUGGACCAGGAGAAUCAGGAUAAUGGUGGCAAUGGAGGCAGUUCAACGCCGAAAUUUGUCAUUUGUCAGCGUGAUCAGAUCUUUGGCAUAACGACGACCAUACCGCCAACCAAUCGCCGCUCGGCAACAUCAACCAAUCUACGGCCCUCCGCCUCUUCAUUAGUUGGAACUGGAGGUAGUGCAAGUGCCACGUGCACCCAGCGUUUGAGCAGUGCUGGCAACCAGCCCGGCGGGACAACUAUGACGGUUAAGAGCAGCGUUGCCGGAUGUGUUGGUGAUCAUUCUGUGACCCAAUUCGCAUUGAUUGACGAUGAGAAUGUUUCGGCUCUGCAACAGGUAACAAAGGGUGGCGGAGCACUCACCCUGGCGUCACAGUGGAAGAGCCAGUUCGACGACUCGGAGGAUACAACGGACAACGAAUGGAAGCAGGAGCCGCAGUCACAACCAAAUUUGGAUCAGUUUACUAAAGCGGAUGUCUCAUUGCCGUUAUUACGGAGAACCUCUAACUUAGCUGUUACCGGUAGCUGCAUAUCAAGAGCAGAACCAUUUCGGAAGGAGAAAGUUAAGAGAUAUACGCUUAAUAUAGCUGGAAUCGAGAAUUAUGAGACCUUACAAAUGUCCAUACCGCACUGCUGGUCCGAACCGGCAAUGGGUAAUGUAUUACGUAAAGACUUAGAGCCACCUGCUGUUCAGCAAGCAGCCUUUGAUGACACUGUAUAUCGCAUGGACAUCGCGAGAAACGUUUGUGUGCGCGAAUCUUAUUCCGAAAUCGCGCCAAUAUCUAAUCAAAAGGCGACGGCGACAGCCAUAAUAUCAGCAGUGCCGUUGCGAAAUCCUUCUCAAGCUGCUGCGGCUGCUGCGGCUCCUGGAGACAUCCCUUCGAGCCAUUCAAACGAAAGUCAGGCCAUGUACAAGCAUCGCAAUAGUCUGCCCAAUGUGUGUCUCAUCGAUAUCUUUGAUGAUAAGCCCCCACAGAAGCGAGAGGAUGCGAAAGCGAAUCCGCCGGAUAAUGCUGCCGCAGCCGUUGUGCCCUGGUGCGUUAAGACUACAUUCUGUCAGCGCAGCAACUUGCAGCAAUCUUCAGAUGCAAUAACACCAGAAUUGCUAUCUCAUCAAUCAGGAAACAAGGUUGCAAAUUUCGUCGAUGCGGAAAUGCAGCCGAAUGACGGUUGUGUUAGUGGGCGACUUGAGAUUCGUGUAAUUUCUAAAGAAAACUCGCACAUGGACGAGUCGGUUUACUAUGAUGCACUGGCAGCCACAAGUAGUAAAAUAGCAAAGAACACAUGCAAACUUUCCAACAAUGAAACAUCUGGUGAUAGGCAAGCUUCAGAGUCGAAUGAUAAGAAGUCAGUUAACUGUGAUGACAUAGAAAUUGGGACAAAUAUAUCUUCCUUAACAAAUACAACGGCCAAUUAUAAUACACCUUUAGCCAAAGAGUUGACUGCACCCGGCAACGAGUUCAGCUCAUGCCGAGUUCAGUCUGUCAAAUUGAACAAUGGCAGCAAUGGUGAGAGCCCGAUUGUUUCCCCGCACACACAUAUUAAGUCCAAUGAUGAUUCAAAUCCACAAAACAUCACGAGUCGAGUGGGAGUUGAUGUAACUGACGGAGGUGGAUCUGAUCUAUCAUUGUGUGCACCAAGCAAGAUACCCGUGCUCACUUACAAUGUGCGUCAAUCGAAGUGUGCUUCGUGGGCGGGAGUGGAUAACAACCCGAUGUCGACUUCAGCAACUGGGCAGUCUGGGCAAGCUGGCCAAGCAGGGCCUUCCCAAAUUGUUGUUCAGGCUCUGCAGAUGCCGACACCCCUUUUAGAUACAAUGAAUAGCCCAACCCGAAGUCACCAUGCACUUCAAAAUUCCCCCAAUAUCAUGGAUUUAACACCAGGUUUGCGACGUCGUCGUGAGUCUUCGGAAGGAAAGUAUGUAACUGAUCCCACACAAUUAAAUCUAAGAUUUCAACGACCACAAGCUCGUAUCUCCAAUAGAACUCGUGGAAUUCCUUUAACAAUGCUGGGAAAUUUCGAUGAUCAAUCUAAGGCAGAGAUUAGCGAUAAUGGCGAUAAGGAAUUGGUUGAGAACAAUAUUGGCUUUGGCAGUCGUUUGUGUAAGGCAGCAGCAAUUAAUCCCUCGACAGCAGUUCAACUUCAACAACUGUCAGCAACGCGAAACGAGGACACAAAUAAUACAGCAGGGAAUCAAAAUGCACUUGAGCCUUCAUUGCGAAAUGAUAUUUCGCCGCCACCGGGUGAUCCCAAGAUAGAAAAUAGUGCACGCCUUCGUCGCUACCGGCAUAAUUUAGAAUAAUUGAAAAGCUUAUAAAAAACAAAAAAAAAAUAUGGAAAGCAAUAGUCUCAAUGCAUGGUAAUGGACCGAAAUAUAAAUACAUAUAUAUAAAUUAA